AUGUCGCUUACGCCCUCCAGUUCCCGGGUGAGCCCAGCCAUUGGGUCCGGCAUCAAGCUUAAUCCCUCCCCAUCACCAUUCUUCAAGACGGCCCUGCGCUCGCCCGUCAAGGCUGGACGCGCCGAAGCCAAUUUGGCCCUGCGUCAGGUCAUCGGCACCACGACCAAUUCGCCCAAUGCCUUUGACAGUCUGCCAUCCGGCAGUACUUUUGGCUACACUGCCGGAGCGGCCGCCGUUAUAGCCUCGAUAGACGACCAAGGCCAUGUUACCCAGCGCUUUUACCGUGCACGACCUACCACCAACCCCAUCAAUCCAUCGGCAUCCAUAUACGGCGGUCCCUCGACCCCAACCCAAAAUGAGAGCCGCAACCGGACCACUCUCUCACUGCGCGACCCUGGCCUGGGAGCCUCCCCACUGCCGUCUCCCGGCGGCCAGGACUGGGCCGAUUCACCGAGCAACAGAGCAUGGACAAUGAAGGACAAAAUAAAGGCCGCCACCUGUGUUAGCUUCAGUCCAGAUGCAAAGUACUUUGCUGUGGGAGAGACUGGAUAUAAACCUCGAGUACUCAUCUUCUCAGCCGCGCCAGAUGCGCCUUCCGACACCCCUCUUACGUCACUCUCAGAUCACACCUUUGGUGUUAAUUGCGUAGCAUUCAGUCCCGACUCUCGAUUCCUCGCAAGCUUGGGCUCAUCCAACGAUGGCUUCUUAUACAUAUGGCACAUCAACCCCCGCACCGGCGCUGCCACGCUACACGCCAGCAACAAAUGUGUCAGUCACAUACACCGAAUAGCCUGGAUGGGCAACAAAUUAGUAACUGUUGGUGUCCGACAUGUCAAAGUCUGGAAGGUUGAUGAUCUCAAUGCUGCUAUGCGAUUCGCAAAAGCCCGCCAGAGCGACACGUCCUUUAUUUCGGGCUCCACGCACAAGACACUGCCAGGGAGAAAUUGCAUCCUGGAAGGUCUGAAAGAGUCUACUUUUACGAGUGUAGUUGCUAUAGCCCGGGACAAGGCCAUUGUGGCCUCGGACAAGGGCGACAUUUGUCUCAUCGAUAACUCGGAUUCAGAUCAUCGAUUCUUCAAAUUGGUCGACGCCGGCUUCUCCGUAAGCUCGCUCGCUGUCGAUGUCAAAGGACGACUCCACAUCGCAGGAAGCCAAGGCGCACUCAAGACACUCAUCAUCAAAGAUAUUAUAGGGAGACUGACUCCCCCACCAUCACCUCCACCGCGCGUCGAGUCGCCCACUGUGUCGGUAACGGACUGCAAUCAGAUUGGCGUAAUAGCCUGUUUGAAGGACUAUGUCGUCACAGUCGACUCACAACGAGCUAUCCGCCUAUCACAACUGUGCUCUGAUGACGAUGAAUCCGUCGUCGGCAACGUUGUACAUACCCUACCUGCCCACGGAAACGCUGUUUUGGGAGUUCACGCUGGUCUUGUACGACCGAAUGUGUUUGACGCUUCCUAUUACACAUGGGCGGCUGAUGGAACCGUCAUCUUCUGGCAUCAAGGCUCGUUCAGAGGCUCUGUUGAAGUGCCUCUUGAGCAGCUCGAUGACCCUGAUGCGGUUCCCAACGAGUUGAGGACAGUGCGUACCUCAACCGACGCGAGUUUUCUGGUGGCAGGUGACAAGUUCGGUGUAUUAAGAUUCAUCGACUGCACUACAAAGGCCUGCCUGUUUCAGUUCAAGGCACAUGCAAGCGAGAUCACUAGCAUUGCCAUACACGAAGAAAAGCUAGUUACUUCUGUCGCUUGCGCUAGUCGAGAUCGCACCGUACAGGUAUUCACGCGGAUGAAAGGGAAGUGGGAUCUGCUGCAGACACUGGACGAGCAUGUGGGCGCGGUGAACGGUGUCUCGUUCUCACGGGACGGCACGCGGCUAGUGUCAACGUCAAGCGACCGAAGUCUUGUCGUUCGCGAGUUGUUAUCCCUCAGCGACAGCAAGGGAAUGGCCCGCGCCUUUGCAAUGUCACGAGCCAUCAUGCUAAAGGCAACUCCCGUAUCAUCUGCCUGGGACGUCGACCAAGACGAUGCGAUAUUUGUCUCAACCAUCGAUCGACAAGUUCAUAAAUUUGAUGUUCGGACAGGCCAAUGUCUUAGCAACCUCCGCGCGUGUGAUACUGAUGGAGGGGAUGCCGUUGUGAUAUCCUCUCUGGUUCACGUCUCCCGUGGCUGGGGCACUCCACUGAUAGCUGGCGUAUCAAGCACCGACAAGUCAAUACGGGUGUACGACGAAGCUGGUUCGCUGGUUGCUCGGGAUUGGGGCCAUACAGAGGGUGUUUCUGACAUUGCCCUCGUGCAAUCACCUGGGGCAGUGGGAGAUGAUGGCAGUGAAAAGUCACUCGUCACGGUUGCAGUCGAUGGCACCAUAUUUGUAUGGACGCUGGGCUUGACCGCACCUAAUCGCCAGGAGCUGUCAAAGUCUAUGGAUCUACUAGCCCCAAACACACCUUCAAAUCAGGAACUGCUUUCCAACAAGCCGCCUCUGCGGCGCGUAUUGUCACAAUCAGAAAUGGCACGUUUCCAACGUUCACCACAAGAAACAGAGGCUGGCACACCAACUGGCAACAAAUCGCCAAAAUUACGAAAGAAGGUAUCAAAAUUUUCACUCGCCUCAACCCCCAAGCUGGAUCCUUCUCCGUUACCUGGGACUCAACGGGAAAGCCGAAGCGCAGGUCAAGGCAGUUCCCGUAAAAACAAGAACCCGAACCGUUCUCCCUCACCGCCCAGCCCCCGGAGUUCGCAACAGGGCAAGCGUCGCGCAUCAGUGGAUGCUAGGGCGCGCACAAAGGCUCCUGUCCGUGAGUUUGGUAGCAUCGGACAAUCGACAGAGAGCCUGUGCAGAACUCUCCGGUCAUACAGAAAACGUCUGGCGAACACAACAGAAGACUUGAGUUCGGAGCUUGCAAAAGAGGUGGAGAGAGAACUUGCCGCCACAGCAAGAGCAAUUGGCGACCGGGUGAAGACCAAAGCAUUCGAAGAGACCAUCAUGAUUAAGCUACUAGAUCAGUACUCGGAGCGGCUAGUCAACAUGCUAGACGAGAAGAUUGCAGCUAGCGUCGCGCAACGGGUCCGCGAGAGCAGCGUAGGCAACUUCUCAGACGCUGAAUCACCCGCCGUCACACAAGGCUCCUCUCGCAGCAGAAGAGGUAGCGGUAGCUUGAGAGACACUCGUGCAGAUGACUCCGAGUCUGGCACUGACGCCUUUGUCGAGUCGACGGAAAACCUGACGAUCGAAUAA